AUAAUGCCAGAGAUGAGGCCUGGAGGGAGGAGUUUCUGCCUGAGCUCAAGAGUUUAAGGGCCAGAACAGUGUGCAGUAGGUUCCUGUGGGAGUCCAGGCUGGGAAGGCUGGAGGGAGGGGUGCUUCCUGUGCCCUGCGCCAUGUGGAGUCUGCUGCGGAGCAGGGCUCUGUCCUGGGCGCCACUGCUGUUUCUCUUCAGCUUCCAGCUCCUGGUUGCCUAUGCUUGGUGUUUCCAAGAGGAAGAGGAGUGGAAUGACCAAAAACAAAUCGCUGUUUAUCUCCCUCCCAUCCUGGAGUUUGCCGUGUACACAUUCAACAAGCAGAGCAAGGACUGGUAUGCCUACAAGCUGGUGCGUGUCCUGGAUUCCUGGAAGGAGAAGGGUUAUGAUAAGAUGACAUUCUCCAUGAAUCUGCAACUGGGCAGAACCAUGUGUGGGAAAUUUGAAGACGAUAUUGACAACUGCCCUUUUCAAGAGAGCCCAGAGCUGAACAAUACCUGCACCUGCUUCUUCACCAUCGGAAUAGAGCACUGGAGGACACGGUUUGACCUCUGGAACAAGACCUGCUCAGGUGGGCAUUCCUGAGUGAGUCCUAGCCACGGGCCUGGCCACAUGCCGUCCUCUCCUUUCCAGCACGUUGGCAGUUCCUCAACAUGGCCCUUCAGUGCCUGAGCAGCUCUGUGCUUGUGUGUUCUUACUUUUCAUGUGUUAGGAAUUCAUGCUCAGGUAUUUUAGAAAUUCUUCAUUGUCUGAGUUCAUCAUGUAGUAUAAAUCUUAACAAUUAGCAUUUUAAGAA